AUGAGAAUUGCUACGAUCCUCGGUGUACUGUCUGUGCUUCUCUGGAGUACACAGGCCUUGCCGGUUUUUGAGAUCGUCAAUGAUAAAGAUAGAUACGGCAACGCUUGUCCUUUGAAACCAUCGUACAACGUAUCGUGUCCUUUGCUGUGCGUUACCGACUACAGUCUAUGUCCUCCUGCUUUGGCGCCUACGUGUCCGCCUGGUCUAUCAUUCUGUACUGACGGUGAAUGUCAUUCGUCUUGUGAGGGCAUCAGCAAUGAAUGUCUAUGCACUGAAGCCGCACUGCCUAUGAAUUAUGUUCCAUGUGCUGCCGGUCAGCAUGUUAACAUUACACACUUUGAUCCCAACAACAAGGACCAACAAACUCAAGACACAUGUGCCAAGGCUGCUCAACUCAAUGCCUCAGACGUGGGUGUUUGGGGUACAUUCAAUCAAUCCAGCAUUUGGUUGCAAUGUCCUGUCAUUGAACCACGGUUCACUUUUACUGAACCGAGAUGGAUUGCUGUAUGGGCUAUCAUGGGGGCCGAAGCUGCUAUUCUCAUCUUAUGGCACCUCUACAAACUUGCCAGAGAGACCAAAUUCCACCGCGCACUCGAUAAACCACUUGAAAAGCCUGCCUCGCCACCCAACCUUGUGAACGAGAAAGAAGUAGCGAUGGCGAAUAUGGCGGCGACGAACGGUAGCAUCAGUGACGAGAAAGCCGCUUUCAAGAAGAAUAAUGCAGAGGAAUCCAGCCAAGGCACCUUUAGCGAUCGUUCAUCCGACAGCGCUUCGCUCAAGGACUCGGAACGUUUACGGUUCCGUGGUUUCCAAAAUGAUUUCUUUGGUUUGUUCGCGUUCGGUUCGGUCAUCAUCAUCACUUUACUGUUUGUGGUAUUCCUAGCUGUUCUCGUCAGUGAUUAUUACGGUAAUUUGACGGGUGUGGAACUUGCCGCCUUUUUGUCUUCCGAUAUGUCAUCGAAAAUCUUUUGUGCUGUCUGGCAUCUGGCAGCUGCUUGGUUUGCGGUUGUUUUGCUUUGUCGUAAACGUAUCCGCAACUACUUCCGUAUUGAAUCCUACGCCCAUAAAUGUCCUUUUGUUCAAGUCGAACGGCGACAGGAAGAACUCGUCUUUCUCGCUGACGGUAGUAAAUGGAUCAACAAGCUCAAAGAUAUCGAACAACGCAUCAUCAAACGUUUGGGCAUGGAUAUCCUCGUCUCAACUUGUCCUGUGCAUUUAUCAACCAACAAUCUCCGCUAUUUUGAAUACCAGUGCAUGCGCUAUGUGUAUAACGCUGAAAAAGGGAGAUUUGAACCCUAUGAGUUCGAUUUAGGGUGCACCCAUCGUAAACUCCGCAGCUGGUCCAAAGGUGUCAGCUCCGAUGUCGCUCACAAUCGCCUCGAACUGCUCGGUGCUAAUCUGAUUCGCGUCGAAGUCCCAAGUAUUCCAUUGGCCAUUAUUCAAGAAUUCGCUUCGUUCCUUUACUUGUACCAAAUGAUGUGUAUGUGGGUGUGGUACUAUUUCCAAUAUUUCAAGAUGGGUUUGGUCCAAACCUGCAUUAUCUUUGCUGCCGCCUUCAUUCGCGUGUUUUUGCGUUUGCGCGCCGAAUACCGCAUCAAGCAAAUGGCCGAACAAAAAACCACUGUCAAUGUGCUUCGUGAUGGCGAAUGGAUUGAGAAUAUGUCCAGUGCGGAUAUGGUGCCUGGUGAUGUUUUCGAAGUGCAAGAACAAAUGCAAGUGUCCUGCGAUGCGGUGAUUCUCUCCGGUACCAUUGUCGUGAACGAAUCUUCCUUGACUGGCGAAGCCAUGCCUAUCCGCAAGUUCUCUAUUCCCGACGAUGAUAAUACAUACGAGUUAUUGGGAUCUGGCAAGGUCAAUACACUCUUUGCGGGUACAAGUGUGUCGCAAACCAUGCCUGCUAUCAAUGAACAACGCGUCACGGCUUUGGCGUUACGUACUGGCAUCACCAGUGAAAAGGGCAUGCUUAUUCACAAGAUUUUGUUCCCUACGCCUGUCAGUUUCAUUUUCAACGAACAUCUCAAGCUCGCUAUUUGUAUCUUGCUGUUAUGGGGUGGUAUUGCCUUUGCUCUCACCUUGUACCUUAUGGGUCGCGGCAACAUCACUAGCUGGUAUUACGGUGUCUUCAUCAUGUCCCAGAUUUUCUCGCCCUUGUUGCCGGCUGCCUUCACGAUCAACCAAUCUGUUUGCGCCGCUCGCCUACGCACCAAGAAAAUUUUGUGCAUUGAUCUCCCGCGUAUCAAUUUGUCGGGAAAAGUCCGCAUCUUCUGCUUCGAUAAGACCGGUACCCUGACACGUGAAGGUCUUGAAUUUUACGGAGCUGUCGCCGCUUGUAAAAACGAGUCACGAUCUUUCCUCGAGCGAGAAGAAGAUUCGCUGGCCAUGGAACCGACCCUAGCUUUGGGUAUCGCGACCUGUCAUGCUGUCACCAAAGUCAAGGAUCAAUUUAUUGGUAAUCCGGUUGACAUUGAAUCCUUCCAUGCCAUGAAAUGGGAACUUUUACCCCCGGCCGACAAUCUGUACCUUGAUACCCUUGUUCCUCCCGCAGCCACACCCAAUGAUAAGCCUGUCCCGGUUCACAUCGUUCGUCGUUUCGAGUUCGUUCACGCUCGCGCCUCUCAGUCGGUGGCUGUUCUUGAUCCUAAAGAUGACCAUGUCCAUGUCUUCCUGAAAGGUUCUUUCGAACGCGUUAAAAAUUUGUCCCGUUCCGAAUCCAUCCCCCCUAACUAUGAUCAAGUCGCCGCCAAAUAUGCGCAGGAAGGUUGUUACGUCCUAGCAAUGGCUCACCGUGAUCUUGGUAAACUCGGAGAUGAUAUCACCAUGGCGGAAAUCAAGAAGAUGACGCGUGACGAUUUGGAGGAAGGUUGUGAUUUCACCGGUUUUGUUCUUUUCCGAAAUAUGCUCAAGCAUGAUACUGCCGACGCCAUUGCUGAAUUGAAGGAAGGUGACACACGUACUGUCAUGAUUACGGGUGAUACCGCUCUUACUGGUAUCUUUAUUGCCCGCCAAUGUGGUAUGAUCGCUCCUGGUCAGACUGUUUUGCUGGGAGAUGCUGUCAAUGGCUCCAUGAUUUGGCACGAUGUCGAUUCCGGUGAUCAGGUGAACGUGGACGAAGUUUUGGCUGCGGAUCCUCGCGAAGAACAUGACAAACAAGUUGAAUUGGCGAUCACCGGUCGUGCUUUUGAAUUCUUGAUCUCUCGGAAUCAGAUGCGCCAGUACUUAUUGCAUACACGUAUUUUUGCCCGUAUGACUCCCAACGACAAGGUGCAAUGUGUGCAAUUACAUAUGGAGAAGGGCGUGACAGCCAUGUGUGGUGACGGUGGUAACGAUUGCGGUGCUCUUCGUGCAGCUCAUGUUGGUUUGGCGCUUUCCGAAGCCGAAGCAUCCAUUGUAUCGCCUUUCAGCACCAGUAACAGAUCCAUCAUGCAAUGUGUCGAAUUGCUCAGACAAGGUCGAGCGGCUAUUGCUACCAGUUUUGCCAAUUACAAGUUCUUGAUCUUCUAUGGUGAAUCGAUGGCUUUCUGGGAAUUGCUGAUGUUUUACUUUACUGUGAUUGCUCCCCAGUCAAUCUGGAUUACAAUUGAUGGUUUCAUCACUACCACCAUGACGUUUGCUAUUACUCAAGCUCAGCCCGCGGCCAAGUUGGGUCCUUCACGUCCUACUGCCAAACCUCUGGGUGCUUACACCUUAGCAUCUUGCUUUGGUAUUAUUUUCAUCAACUUUUGGUUUAUCACGAUGAGCGUUGUUUGGCUGUUCCAACAAGAUUGGUUUGUGUGCAAUGAGUUUGACAGUUCUGCUAUCGAUUCAGCACAGUGGUGGCUCCUUGGUGAUAAUUAUGAGUCCGAAAUCAUUUCUCUCGUUAUCAUUUUCCAGUUCUUUAACAAUGGUGCUCUCGUCAACUUUGGCUCUGUCUUCCGUCAAGCAUGGUGGCGUAAUUAUACUUUGGUCUUCAUCUGGUGUUGCUUCUUUGUCAGCACCAGUUACAUGAUGCUGGCCGACCCCAAUCCUUACGGCUGCAUGUUCCGUAUUAAUUGCGGUACCCCCAGGGUGCUGGAGGAGCUCGGAUACCCUAAACCAACUUGGUCAAUUGAAGAGUAUAAUGCCCCGUUGGGUCAUAACGUACUUCCUCGCUGGUUCCGAUGGCAAUUGUGGGGUUACGUUGUUGCCAAUUGCGCUGCGAAUCUUAUCUGGGAACGUAUCGUUAUCCUUUGGAUUGCACGCGACUGGGCGAUCAAGAAAAAUCAAGCCAGCCCUAAAAAGAACAGAGCCAUCUUUAAAUUGUAA